AAGGGCGAGCGCUCUAUAACCUGGGCAAUGUGUACCAUGCACAAGGGAAGCACCUAGGCCGCAUUGGGCCCCAAGAGCCGGGUGGAUUCAGCGAUGAAGUCAAACACUGUCUUCAGAAGGCUGUGGAAUAUUAUGCUGCCAACCUUCGGCUGAUGGAGGAACUGUCUGACCGCUCAGCGCAGGGGAGGGCCUGUGGUAACCUGGGGAACACUCACUACCUCCUGGGAAACUUCACUCAGGCAAUUGGAUAUCAUAAUGAGAGAUUAACAAUCGCGAAAGAGUUUGGAGACAAGGCAGCGGAGAGGAGAGCGCACAGUAACCUAGGAAAUGCUCACAUAUUUCUUGGGGAGUUUGAGACUGCAGCGGAACAUUACAAAAAAACCUUACAACUCGCCCAAGAGCUUAGUGACCGCGCCGUGGAAGCCCAGGCCUGUUACUCCUUAGGCAAUACAUAUACGUUAUUACGUGACUAUCCCAUGGCGAUUCAUUACCACCUGCGGCACCUGGCCAUCGCACAGGAAUUAAACGACAAAGUUGGAGAAGGACGAGCCUGUUGGAGUUUAGGGAAUGCAUACUCAGCGACUAAUGCCCAUGAGAAAGCACUUCAGUAUGCCAAUAGACACUUAGACAUAUCCAAAGAGAUUGGGGACAAAACAGGCCAGGCAGCAGCACAGAUGAACCUCUCAGACAUUAGGAAGGUUUUGGGGCUUCCUCCAACAACCAAUGACACGUCAGAGUCGGCGGAUGAUGCUAAGUCGCGCACACGUAGGAAGUCCAUGGAGAACAUGGAUCUCCUGAAGAUGACGCCGGAUGCCAAAGGCGUCCUUCGGAAAUACCAGAGCGAAGACGCUGGUAUUGGCUCCCUGUCCUCAGAUGACUCUCACCCUGUUAAUGGUCCUUCCUACACAGCUAGUCCCCAUGCUGAUAAAAAUACAUCAGUGAAUGAGGAGUCGAGCAUGGAUGAAGACAGUUUCUUUGAGCUCCUCUCCAGGUUCCAGAGCAAGCGCAUGGACGACCAGAGGUGCACGCUCUCCAUCGACAGCAACAAGGAGAAUCAGCCGGAGCAAGUGCAGCAGCCGGUUGCGCCCCGGAGGGAGGGUGGGUCGGUGUCAUCCACGGGCUCCACCAACGGCACAACAACUCCCUCCGAUAGUGGUGCAAAUAACUGUGGUGUGCUGGAAGAGCUGAUGGAGAGUAUUGCGGGAAUGCAGAGCCGGCGGAUGGAUGAGCAGAGAGCUUCGUUACCGCAGCUCCCUGGCUUGAACAACCAGCAUGCCAUUCUGCAGCGCCUGUCUGUUGCGGCCAGUGAUUCCACCCCAUUGCCUGAUGACAACUUCUUCGACAUGCUGAUGAGAUGUCAGGGUUCGCGCAUCGAGGACCAGCGCAGCUCCCUUCCGAACGAGGGUCAUCUCACCCACUCAGCCCCCACUGUGCCUGAUGAUGACUUCUUCUCCCUCAUCAUGCGAUUCCAGUCAGGUCGGUUGGAGGAUCAGCGGUCCACAAUGCCCCUGGAGGCCACGCGCAACAGCACACACCCCACGGCAGACGAGGAGGAGGCCCCAGCCAAUGGCCAGAGCACAGGGGCCAAGGAUGGCUUAGUCAGUAGACUGGUCAAAGGCAGAAAGUGAGAGGAGCUUCUAGAUAAUGGGAAUACAGUAUUUUUUAGGUAUUUUUGACAACCUGUAUGAAUUCAGAAGGAGUAUUUGAGCACAUGAUUUCUCUCUGUGGUGUGCUUGGGUCAGUCAUAUUUACCUGACGUAUUUAUGUGUAAUGUUAAAUACUUAUGAAGAGUUGAAUUCUAUUAUAUCAAGGAUAAAUGUAGAAUAAAUGAAUCUGGUAAAGUAUGAUUAUCAUCAUGUUUACAUGGAAAGAUUGAUGAUUAUUAAAUGUAAGAUAAGAGUGUUAUCUAACCUAGAUGAAGAUUAAAGUUUUCCAAAACCCAAA